GGGGCCCUCCCGGCGCUACCUGUGCGAGCGCCGCGGGGCCGGGCGGGGCCGGGAGGCGCUCCCGGCAUGGACUUUGACGAGUCCCACUCGUGGAGCUGUCUGUGCUGUCCUGGGGACGAGGGGACAACCUGUUAGAAGCAGCCUUGGUUCUGAUUUCCUCAGAAGAAGCACAAAAGGAGAUGUUCUGUUCUUCAAAAAUAACCGGAGCCAUUGGCAAGAAGCAGCAGCACCGCCUCGAACGAGGGAACCGCUCCCAGGUCACCCGGACAUGCAGUUGAACUGAAUUCUGCGGCCGCGUUUCCCGAUGUACCAUGGGAUGCAUCAAAUCCAAGGCUGCCUUCCAGGGUUCCAGCGCCGCGCAGGACGAGCGGAUCGAGGGAGGCGGCGAGGGGCGCGCUGGGGAGAAGUCGUCGCUGCUGGCGCUGCAGGCGGAGGAGAAGGGCCCCUCCAGCGCCAUCGUGCUGGACUACGCGCAGCGCCUGUCGCGAGAGAUCCUGGAGCAGGCGGUCAAGCAGUGGGCGGUGACCGAGAGCAAGUACAGCGACAUCCCCUUCAUCGAGAGCGACAUGCCCUGAGCGCUGCCGCGGCCUGGCCCGUCCCAGAGCCUCUGUGCGCGCUGCCGGUGCACGCAGAGCACCCCCGGUGUCCUCUGGGCAUCGCUGUGGGCAGCCGUCUGCAGGGAGAGCCCGGGAAAAUUUGCCUUUUAACGCAGACCGCUAACAAACUAAUUGGAUCGCAGUAGAACGUGUUCAUCGAGUGUCGUUCGUUGUCAGCCGUGUGUCGAGUGUACUCUGUCUUUGUAUGUGUUGGAUGUGACCAGAAAUCAGCGUUAAAAAGAGGAUGAGAAGGCUGUGGCUGCCCUGCACCGCUACAAGCACUGCCACAGAGGACAAAACGUGGAUUAUUUCUAUGUUCUGCACAAAAGAUCACUGGUCUGUCUGUAGGUGAGAUGAACUCUCUGUGCUUGGUGAAUUUGUCUGUGUUUCGCUGAAGUGAAAUCAAGGUCUGCGUGUGGCAGAGGUCACUGCUGUCAUGGAUUUUACUUUUGAUUCUGUGACCUAACGCAAUCUGUAAAACCACAAACAAUGAAGGUGAUGAGAGGUGCUUUGUAAACCCCAGUAGUAUUCAGGGAACCAUUUGGAUGAUGAUGCAAUUCACCUUCCAUUGAAGUGAACCAGUGAGAAGCGUGCCAGUGUCCAUAAGCAGCGCAUUAUCAUUAACAGAUGCUUCUGUAAACGCUUGAAAGCUUGUCUCUAAAACCCUGCAGUAAGACAGGUUAAUGACAUCUGGUCACUGUGUUUAGACCAAAGCUGAUUUUUUGGUUUUGUGUGGGGGAUUUUUUGUGUUAUGGUGCUGGUUUGGGAGGAUUUGGUUUUGUUGUUUUACUGUAACCCAGAGAGAUGUGCAAAGACUACUGCUGGUAACUGGUGAAAGAAACCUUCAGGGGUGUGGCAGUGCUUUAGGACAAUUUGUUUCAUGGCAACUGUGGCUGCAUUACACUGAAAUUCCUGGCUGAAGUACCACCCCUGGGACAGGAUGUCUUCUUCCUUCAGCUCCUGUAGGCUGCUGGUUCCCCCCUGAAAAACCUGCUCAUGGCAAUGCCAGCAGGAGCCCCUGGAGCCCCAGCCCUGAGCAGUGCUCUGAAUGCAGUUAGGGACAAAGCCUUAGGCCCAAAACUGAAGGGCUGCAUCCACACCCUGCUCCCUGCCUGCCCAGGACUCACAGCCUGACCCACUGCACCCGCAGCCGGCGUGGCACAGAGCAGGACAUGGAUGGAUUGUUCUUAUUCAUCCCAAAGGUACAACACUGCUGACGUUUUAUACAAAGUGAAGGCCUUCCAACAGCUUGGCUUUUACCACCUGUUUGUUCCUUUUUCUGUGAUGCCCAGUUUAAAAGACAGUUCUUUUUCCUAGAUCAAAAUGCUUUCCAUUUUGUUUUCAUUUUAUAGAGAAAUGCUUUCCAUACUGGCUAAAGCUGUUACUAUUUUUAAAAGGUACACAUAGUUCUAGUAAAUGAUCCAAAGCAUGAUUUUUCAAGCAAUGGGAAGCAAGCAGAAAGAGGACCAUGUCAAAUGCUGGUUUUAGCUUAUUCUCUGAUCCAGGACAGUCUAUGAUUGAGCUGUUUUGCAAAUGUGACGCAAACGUAGGUGUUUGAAAUUCACCUAUACAGGGAAGUGGUUUUAUCAGGAAUGAAGGGUGAAAAAUGCUUCUCUGUGACACACCACAAGAUUAAAUCCCAGUGAUCAGAGUGGGUUCCCAGUGCCCUGCUGUUAAGGCUGUCCUCAGGCCUUGGCUGGAAAAGGGAACGAAAUCAGCUUCUGCUGCAGCGUCGUCCUCUUUGAAGUUACGUAGUCAUCCUCAAAGCCAUGUGCAAAGUGGGACUAAAGCUUUACAGGUCACUUAAAUUCUCCUGCUAACAGUGACGUUCCUUCAAGUUCUACAGCAUAUAAAACAUUAGAUCAUACUCUGUUUGCUCUAAAAUACCUCCAUAUGUUAGUGUGAGUUAGAAAGCAAAGCCAAACACUGAUCGAGUCAGUACAUAUCAAUUGGAUAUUGCUUAAUCACAGUAUUAAAAAAGAUUCCUAUUCUUAUUCUAGCUAAAAUAAAGCUUUAUUACAAAAAAAAGGGUCAACCUUUCUAACAGGAGUGUGGACUCGAGAACGUUAACACUGCUAACCACAGUAAUUAAAAAUAAAAAAGCCAAAGCCCCACAGCCAUUGCUGGCCAGGCAGGUGAGGAGCAGGUAGAAAACCGCGCUCGCUGUCAGAGCACCUGGAGCUGGAUCUGCCCUGGCCCUUGCACAAAGCACGCCGGCGGAUUCCACGGGCAGCGGGGCGUUGCAGCGCUUCCCGUGCCGCGUCUCCAGUCCUUCCUCUGGAUGUAGCCUGAGCCUCUGACACUCUUCAGGAAUAUCAGCUGCACUUUUGACAGCAGCUCCCCGCUGGCAGGCUGCCACUGCACGGUCCAACAGCAGGCAGAGUUCCAGAACAGCCUGAGGUUCCAGCACAGCAUCCCCUGCGCUCAGCGCUCGCGUUUCCCCAGAGCAGGAGGUCAGCCAGGUGCACGGAACGUGCCCCAGGACCGCUCCCCCGUGCAGGAGCCGCAGCGUGGGGUGGCUGCCCCGCCUGCCCCAGAGCUGCCCAUGGGCUCAGCCAGCACCAGCUGCUUGGUGGCCCAACCAGUCCCUCACCCGUGGCCACCGAGCUCGGCCCUCACUGGUGCCUGAGGAUUACAGCAGCUGCUCAACGGCCCCGAGUGCAAUUGCAGCUCUUUGCGAUGCUUUCUGCGGCACCGGCGCUUCAGGGAAGGCACGCAGCAAAUGCAAAGCAAACAAGCUUGCAAACAACAGGGAGACGGCUUCUCACCAGGAAAAUCAUCUCUCUUACAGGAUGCUGUCCUUAUAAAUAAUGCACUUACCCUCAAUAGAAAAUAAAUCUGUUCAGUGCUACAGCCCGGUAAGAGACUGAGGGAGAUCUCUCUCCAGAGCUCUGCUGUACAUUUAAUAGGCACAAUACCAAUACAUUGUAAAAAUAAAGACUCCUUCACUUAAAUAAAUUUAUGCUAAGCUGUGCUGGUGUUUCACAGAGCCACUGACAGUGGG